GUGCCACAGUGAGUAGAAACAUAAUUUGCACAGAUAUUCAGCUUCAAGCAUAGCAGAGUUUUUGCUGGUUUUGUAAAUUUGAAGUGUCUCCUAAAGCUGGAUCUGAGGCCUCUGGAUAGUGAGGGGGCAAGUUAAAACCUCUUCGUCCAAGGAGUUGAAGGUCUUUAAAAUAGAAGUGCUGAUGAGUGGAAGGAAACAUUUUGUGGAGAAGAGGUAUAGUGAAUUCCAUGCACUUCACAAAAAGCUCAAGAAGUUCAUAAGAACACCAGAAAUCCCUUCAAAGCAUGUGAGAAACUGGGUCCCCAAGGUCCUGGAGCAGCGUCGACAAGGCUUGGAAUUGUACUUGCAGACAGUCAUUUUAGAAAAUGAAGAGCUCCCCAAGAUAUUUCUCGAUUUUCUGAAUGUUCGUCAUGUACCUACCUUGCCAAAAGCAGAAAGCUGUGGCUCUUUUGAUGAAACAGAAUCUGAAGAAUCAAGCAAACUGUCCCACCAGCCUGUGCUGCUGUUCCUAAGGGAUCCAUAUGUCUUGCCUAAAGCCAACGAUGACUUUCCAAACGUAGUUAUAGAUGGCAUUCUACAUGGAAUAUUCUAUCCUCAUUUACUGCCCAGGUAGAAGCAAUACAAGGCAAGAAGAAGCUGAAGCAAGUCUCUGAGUCAUGGUUAACAGAACUAACAGGAAUAAAAUUCUGUGAUGUGAAAAUUAUGCUCAGAAGAGGCACAACCUUAGAUUAAGUUCAAGCAUUAUGUCUUUUUAAAUAAAAUCACUGUCAUUACAGUUGCUGCUUUUUAAAAAAAAAAAGAAGAUAUGGAAACAACAGUAUUGAAGUUAUUUAUACCUUCUAUAUAUUGACAUGCUCUAUUUAACACUAAAUGUUCUAAGUCGUACACUGUAUUAUGCUAACCUUUGAAGAGAAAAGUUUUACUAAUUAUUUCUGUAAUUGCUAUUAAAGCAAACACUAAACAAUUUUGCACCAGGAUUUUUCCCAGCACAUUACCCAUUGCUGGCACUGGAUGGAUUAUAAGUGCUGAAGAGAGUGUGUGCAGAAUUGGAAACAUGCUUUCACAUUCUGAAACACAUAGCACUCUCUGAGGAAAUUUUCUAGAUUUCAGUUGAAAUUAUUUUACUUACCAAGAGCUUUUAUGUGGCUUUUACACAUCUAAUCUAUGUGUUUGUUAAUUCUCCACAUCAACUUGCUGACUAUAUUCCAUAUAUUAACAUUUUAUAAGUGACAGAACAUAGAACUAUGUGGUAAACUAAAGCAAGAAUAUUAUGAAGAUUAUGAUCAAACUAAAACUGAUACAUAUAUAUGUAUGUUCAGAUUUAACUGGAAAUUUGUACGUGUGCUACUGGACAUUACAAAAUAAAUAACUAGGACAUGAAUGUA